GUGUGUGUGUGUUUGUGUGUAUGUGUAUGUGUGCGUGUGUGCGCGCGCGUGUGUGUAUGUGUGUGCGCGCGCGCAGGGUGUGUCAGUGUGUCGGGGAUGAGAGGAUGCGGCUGUAAUCCGGUGAUGCUCCGCACGCGCGCGCACUGCGCCGCUCUCACCGUCACCGGACGCGUUACACAGAGACAGAAGUGAGCAGAACAUGGACCCACAGAACCGAGCCGUGCUUCAUCAUCCAUCCGCUUCCUAACAGCCAUGAAUCACAGGGAGGAGCCAGAUGAACCAGGGCCCAAAGCCCCACCCCCUAAGGUGAUCCGGCAGUCAAACAGUACACCUGUCGAAGGAAGCCGUCCCAGGUGGAGGCCAUGUCAGCUGAACAGCCCAGAUGAACAGGGAAGCGGCCAUCAUCAUCAUCACCAUCAUCACCACUACCAUCGACAAUCACACCAACAGCAGUCUGGAAGUAAUCGAGCUCCACCACGACGCAGCCGAAGAAAUGUCCCCAGUCACGCCCAGAGGAGGUCGAGCGAGAGUGGAGAUGCAGAGCCACAGCCAGACCAGCAGCCUCGUACAGGUGGGUCGAGGUAUCGACAGGUCGGUGUUGGAGGGCUUCAGCACAGACAUCGACAGCAACACAAACAGAUACCUGCAGUGCUACAGCCCCUCAACGUUCCUGAGAUCAAUCCAGAUUUGGCCACUUUGUCUCCUGAGGAGUCUUCUCAGGAACUGCUGACUUCAUCUUCACAAGAGGACCUGACUCCUCAGGAGGUACCAACACCCUCUUCACAGGAGGUACCACAUGUAGAAGAGCAAGAAGGAGGUAGCCCAGGUCUUCAUUGCUCCUCCAGUACUGAGAGCAGCCUUCACACACACUCUGAGGAGCCCGAGGAUCAGCACAGAGAGAGGGAGCAGACAGAGGAGUGUAUGGGUGAGAUAGACAAAUGGGAGGUAGAGGGAUUUCAGGAAAAUAGAGAGGCUGAACAGGAAGAACAAGUGGAGAAGAAUCCAGUAGAGAAGGAAUCCAUGGCAAACACUGGUAAUUCAAAAGAUAGUAAGAAGACCAGUAGGAGGUUCGGGCCCAUCAGAGUAGAUGUUCCACCCUUUUCAGAAUUUCCACGUCAGCCUCUACCAAUCCCUAAAUUUCAGACACAGCCUUUCAAAGGUUUCCCCUUGGAAUCCAAGUCAGGUCCUAAUCAUCUCACCUCCACCAAUUACACAGCCAUGAGCACAGACAUGAGGCCUGAAAGCCCAUCUGACACUCAAUCCUAUGAAGAAACAUUAUCAAACUCCACUACAGAAGCAUGUUCUACUUCAUAUCCAUCAGUCUCUGAGUCGUGUCCAAAGUUCUACCUAGUUACACCAACAGAAUCAGGCAGAGAACCGUUCCACUCAAACUCACAAACAGGAAGGUACCAGGAACAAUCUGAGGAACAGCAGAGCUUUGGGAAAAACUCUGACAUGUCCCCUAGUGAGGCACAGAUCAAUCUUCAUGAGGAGCAGAGGCCUCGGGUUUCUGUUGGUUCCAGACUGCACCACUAUGAUGAACAGUCAGGAGAUGAAGCUGGCAGUCCUGAUAGAAGCAGAAGUAAGGUUUGGAGAUGUAGUGAGGAACAGGAAUGUUCAGAGAUCAGAAAGGAACAGUGUGAGGUUCGACCCUCUUUGUCAGUAUUGUACAAGGAAGAGAAGCCACAACAGGACUGUGUAGAAGACAGGCCUCAAUCUAUGCAAGAGUCUGCAAACCUUUCUGGAGAUGCGAUCUCUCUGGCAAUAAGAGACAUAAAGGAGGCAAUCGAGGACGUGAAGACAAAGAUGGUGCGCUCACCGUACACACCUGAUAAACCCAAAGAGCCGGUGUGGGUGAUGAGGAGAGACAUCAGCCCGGUGGAGGAGUGUGGACCACAGCUUCCUUCACCUCCAUCUCCUCCACAGCUUCCUUCACCUCCGUCUCCUCCACAGCCUCCUUCACCUCAGAACACGUCAUGUUCACAGGUUCUAGCUUCAGAUCCCACAGUUCCUCAGGGAGCAGAAUCCUCCAGAGCUCAUGAUCACCAGGAAGCAGACAUCAGUCCCAGUUUACCAACAGCUGAAGAGCUUAGAAGGAACCUGGCUGCUUUCCCUACAUACGUCGACGUACCAGGGCCGUGUGAUCCAGACGAUUUAAUAGAUGGGAUCAUAUUUGCUGCCAGUUUUUUGGGCUCCACUCAGCUGCUGUCUGAGCGAACGCCGAGUAAGAGCGCUCGCAUGCAGCAGGCUCAGGAGGCCAUGACACGUGUCCGGGGUGCAGGAGGUGAGCUUCUCUCUACUACUGAGGUGGAUCUCUUUGUGUCAACUCAGAGGAUUAAAGUUCUCAACGCUGACACACAGGAGACGAUGAUGGACCAUCCACUGAGGACCAUCUCUUACAUUGCGGACAUCGGGAACAUGGUGGUCCUGAUGGCACGCAGGAAAAUGAUCCGCUCCCGCAGCGUCCAGGACUCGGCCGACGCUCAGGACCCGGCGCAGGACGAGCAGCAGCAGUACAGAAUGAUCUGCCACGUGUUCGAGUCGGAGGAUGCUCAGUUGAUCGCGCAGUCCAUCGGUCAGUCCUUCAGCGUGGCGUAUCAGGAGUUCCUGCGAGCGAAUGGUAUCGAUCCAGAGGACCUGAGUCAGAGGGAGUACAGCGACCUGCUCAACACUCAGGACAUGUACAACGACGACCUCGUCCACUUCUCCAAGUCUGAGAACUGCAGAGAUGUGUAUAUAGAGAAGCAGAAGGGUGAAAUCCUGGGUGUGGUGAUUGUGGAGUCUGGCUGGGGCUCCAUCUUACCUACAGUCAUCAUCGCCAGUCUGAUGCACGCCGGACCGGCGGCUAAAUCCGGCCGUCUGAACAUCGGAGAUCAGAUCAUGACGGUGAACGGGACGAGUCUGGUGGGUCUGCCGCUGUCCACCUGCCAGAGCAUCAUCAAGGGCCUGAAGUCUCAGUCCAGGAUUAAGAUGAACAUCGUCAGAUGUCCUCCAGUCACCAUGGUCCUGAUCCGCAGACCGGACCUGCGCUACCAGCUGGGCUUCAGCGUACAGAAUGGCAUUAUCUGCAGUCUGAUGAGGGGCGGGAUUGCAGAAAGGGGUGGAGUCAGAGUGGGUCACCGCAUCAUCGAGAUUAACGGGCAGAGUGUGGUGGCCACGCCCCACGAGAAGAUCGUACACAUUCUUUCCAGUGCGGUCGGAGAGAUCCACAUGAAGACCAUGCCUGCUGCCAUGUACCGCCUGCUGACGGCUCAGGAGCAGCCCGUCUACAUCUGAAACAUCACUAACAUCACAAACAUCACUCAGCUUCUCCUCACACACCUUCAUGCUCCAGAUGUAACAUUUUCCUCUCAACAUAUUUGAAUCUGCCUUAAUAACCCGUGUAACUGAUCAUGUGGAGAGGCUACGGCACUCAGGCACGCUAAUCAGGCUAACAGUGAACAGCUAGCGUUAGUUAGCUCACUGUGUGAUAAACAUGUCAGAACUGAUGCUUUGUUGGUUCCUGUGACUUUUUGUUUAGAAUUAUCUGUAACUAUAAUUAUACAUAAUUAUGUAAUUAUAUAAUUAAUAAUCAUGCUGUAUAAUUAGCCUUCAGAGAGUUUCUUUUGUAUUUUGUGAUAAAGUCGCAUUUCUAUUCUGGAGAAAUCCGUGAAUAAGCCUGUGUUUAGUUGCUAAAUCAGACCGUGGUGUUUUACAGGACCUCCAGAUUUCCACUUCUGUUUUUAUUCCUCAGUUUUCUGUUGAUCAGAAAAUUUACCAGAUUUAUAGCCUUUAUUUCAGCCGAAAGAUAUCUUGAAGGACGUGAUGUGAUUUUCUUAUCUAGGUUUGUGUUCUAACGUCUCGGCCGCCGGAACGAUUAAGGAAAGGAAACCGUACUUGUUCUUACCACAUGGACGAGUUCCUCCAGACUCCACACUUAACAGCCAAAGACUAACAUGAGAGAUCACUUUAUGAUCUACAGACUGGACCUACAGGAGGUCAGGAGCUCCACAGACUUACACGCUAACGUCGUGACACAGAAACGAAGCGAGAAACAUCACUGUUACUCAUCACCAUAAAGGAGAUGUGUUUAGAGCUGAAAGUGUGUUUAUUAUUGAUCAGAAAGGUAAAAGUUGAUUUUGUACAUUUACAGGAAGAUGAUCAGAGAAGCAGAAAUCACACCAUCUUACGAUCCAUCGUUAUAUUUUAAAUCUAUCGCAACUCCAAAUACAGAAUGUGUGAAUGUAUGUGAUUUUAUUCAUGAACACAAUAAAAGAUACCUCUUAUAAAAAGAGUGUAAAGAUUA